CUCCUUAAGAGUUCAGCUUCUGUACAAAUUCUUCGGUUUGAAACCUGGGGAUCAAAGAAAGACCAGUUCCUGUGCCGGGGUGCGAGCGCGUCUCAGAGAUGCUGAAUCCGCUGCUUUUGGACAUUACGAAGCAGUAAAGGGCUGAACUUUGAGAGAGACUUGGACAAGCAGCGCAUCAGCAGAAAAGGUGUGGUAGAGGGACGACAGGACCGAGGGGAGGGGGGCUGUGCUUUUAAAAAGUUCGGACUAAACACCAACAAAGUGUAGCUCAGCUACAUUUUUUUUCUUUAAAGGGGUGCCUCAUUAGCCGGCAAAAUUUCACCCAAAAGCAGACAGCCGGAUCGUCCUGCCCUGACGCGGCUGGUCGGCAGGAAGCGGCUGGUGGCGGCAGGGGUCCUGGGGGUCGUUAUGGUUCUAGUUUUGGUCAUCCUUAUCCCAGUUCUGGUUAACUCUGCUGGGACGGCGGCGCACUAUGAGAUGCUGGGUACCUGUAGGAUGGUGUGCGACCCUUAUGGUACCAAAUCUCCGACCAGCACCGCCACGGCGGAUACGGUCCGAGAUAACAGUCUGGUGCAGUCUUUACCCACUUUCAUCCAAGGUCCAAAAGGGGAGCCAGGUCGUCCUGGUAAGGCAGGACCGAGAGGACCCCCCGGAGAGCCGGGGCCGCCCGGUCCAGCGGGGCCACCCGGAGAGAAAGGAGAACCAGGCAGAUCUGGUUUGCCAGGACCCCCGGGACCAAACGCAGCUGCCGGUGCCAUUAGCGCAGCCACCUACAGCACCGUACCCAAGAUCGCCUUUUACGCAGGGCUAAAAAAGCAACACGAGGGCUACGAAGUGCUCAAGUUCGACGAUGUUGUCACCAACCUCGGAAACCACUACGACCCAACAACCGGAAAGUUCACGUGCUCGAUCCCCGGGAUUUAUUUCUUUACAUACCAUGUUCUGAUGCGCGGAGGAGACGGCACGAGCAUGUGGGCUGACCUGUGCAAAAACAACCAGGUGACAACAACUUUACAUGAUACAGCAAACCUUUUUCUUUUUGUCAAGUGGUCUUCAUUUUGAGAUUUAAAGAAUUUACUCUGAGAUUUAGAAAUUUGUUGGUAUAGUACUUUUAAUACUGACAAUAAUUUCACGCCAAAAAAAUGCACAAUUACAAUUAAGUUACUGAAACUGUUGCAAAACAUAAACUGUGCAGUUUUAUUCUGAAGUGGACAACAGUUUUCAGUGAAAGGCACUGCUCUUUUAUAAUCUCAUUCAUUAAUAAUAUUCAUGAAUGUCAUUUAAAGCAGGUCACAGAUACAGCAGAUUUACUAUGAGCUGCAAGGAGUGAGGAGAAUAUUUGUGCAUGUGUGUCUGCUGAUGGGGAAAGCUGGGACCCAGAGAGGGGAGGGAGGGCAAAGCCUGGUCAUGGAUGUAUCUCAGGCUUAAUUGAUGAAGGUGCUUUACAUGUUGGGUAAAUAUAUCUAUAACUGAUCUGCUUGGAAAUCUAUAAACCGUAUCCUAAUGCUGUGGAAGCCCGUUGAGGCCUCUGAUUCAGUUUCUUUCCCUCCCAAAAAUUUCAGUGAACACAUUUCCAGGGUAUCCAAAAUGAAAUUAUUCAACUGAGUCCAAAUUGAGCUCAAAUUAAGUUUAAAAAAAGAGUUUUUAUAUUUAGAUAUUGCAGUCUUACAACGCCAGAGAACAAGGUAUGUGAAUGUAUGUAAACUGAAUUUAAUCUUUAAAACAAAUAGACAAACUAUCAAUAGGCUGUACUAAAUAUAACACAUCCAAAACUGACAAUUCAUCUGUGUUGAACUCUUCAGGUUUAAAGAGAAAAGUGUGGGCUGCUUUCAUAUUAUUCCCUCACUGAAUUUAAGACAAAUAAACAAAUAAUAAUAAUAAUAAUAAUAAGAUAAAAAGAUAAAGAAAUAAUGAUAAUUGGACUGUAAUGAUCAAACCAGAGCUGCAGGGCUCCAAAGGUCCCCUGUUGCCUUAUGUCCCCUCUAUUGCGUGUCUCUUCUAUCACAGUGUCCUGCUCUCUCUGUGUGUCUCUGUAGUGAUCAGGCUGUCAGCAGCAGCAGAUCUAAUCCACGGGACAAACCAGUGUUGCAGCAUCGGUCCACUAAGCACAUCCCUGCCUGUCAGCCUGCAACUAUAAUGCUUGUGCGAACUGCACAUAGCACAGCAAAAAUCUGCGGGAUUAGAGCAGCAGAGCUUCACACCAUGACAAAUCAGAUGCUGAAAGACAUGUUUCAAUUAGGGGCGCUGUUACUGAGCCUUUCAGACAUCUCCACAGUGGUAAAGCCAUUUCUGUGUAAAUGAUCAACACAUGCCUGCAUUGCUUCCUGGUACAUUUUGGAUUCAUUCAUAAAAAAAGUGACUCGACCUCGUUGAAACAAAAUUUUCCAUCUUUAAAAAAAUGUCCACUGUCGGGUUUUGAAGAUUACAAACAUUUAAUUUCGUUCUAGAUUAAUGAGAAUCAAUUUCUAAUUAUUUAAAAGAACAUCUAUGUUUGUGGACAUACUUGCGAAAUAUAACAUUUACGCUUCAAUUUCUCUUACAGAAUCAUAGUGGUGUUGUUGUGGUUUUUUAAUUAAAUGAAAUUUUACGGGAGUUUGAAGGCAAUCUUAAUCUUUGCUCUCUGCCUCUCUUAACUUAGUCUUUCAGUGAGCUGUCUAAUGCUUCAAGUCCACAGCACUGGAUUUGUAACCAACACACAGUAACACACACACACACACAUGUGCCUCAAAACGCUGAGCAAAUAUUAUCAAUAUUAAUCAUAAUUUGUUAUAUCCAGGUCAUCAUAUGUUAAACUUAAGGCUGGAGUAUUGAAAGUGUGUGUUUCCCAGAAAGUCUCAAAUACCGGUCAAAAAUCUAUUAUCUGUGUAACCUGCAAUUUGAGUGACUAAACUCUAUUUCCUCCCUUAGACAAAGAGAUUAAAUCAGAAAUAUUGGGUGAAUAUCAUCAACCCAUUCUCUUCAUUCAAAAUCAACUUGAUUGAAUCAGUCAGUCAAGUUUUUGCAUGCAACAGUUUGUUAGUGUCCCGUCAUUGGCUGUUGGGAUUAUGAAGAUAUAAGCUCCUCUCAUAGUCUCAAGUCAUGAUCCUCCAAUUAGACUGAAAUCAUGUAUUUGUGAUCUGAUUUAACCUUUAGUAGAAAGGAAGUUUUAUUCAAUGUUUGGCAAAAACUAAGGGGUAAAACUGGCUUCAUAAAAAAGUGUAUGUGGCGUGUGAUGAUCCUUUAAGUUUUUUCUUUACCUGAGCAGUUUUCAGGUUUUCAAUUCUGCUUGAAUUUUUACGUUUUUCUGCAGUUUUUUAUGUCUGCUCCUCUUCAGAACAGUUUUUGAUCAGCUUGCACACUCAGUUAUACAUUUUAGUCAUCUGAUCUCUUUAAACAUUAAUACAAAAACUAUAGAAAAGUCUUAUAUCCUUACCAACAUCACCGAUUAAUAGAACAAACAUAUUUUGCACAUCAGAGAAAGACCGAUUAAUUGAUCAGUCCAAUUACUGACAUUUUGAUAUCAUCCACAUCGUAUUGGCAUCAUCCCUCACAAGGCCGAUAUCACCAUUAUCUUUGUAAAUGAAAAUAUAUUUGACAGCAUACCAAAUCUGAGACAAAAGAGGCUGAUGACUAUGGUUAAUAGAAUAACACAGUUUAAUAACAUUAAUAUUUACCUUGUGUGUUUUUUUCUUACUAAUAUCAGAUAGUUGGGCAGAAAUCCAGAAGUUGCUUGUGGCAAUAUUCACUGAGCCCAAUAUUUUUCUUGCUGUAUUUAUCUAAAAAAACAUUCACUGGAUUUUAGCAAUAUUGAUUCUCAUUUGUUAGCAUCAUAUUGACCAAACAACAAUGUGACAUCAGCAGUAUAUACAUCGGCCAUUAGCCAAGCUGCUUUCUCAAUAUUGGUAUCAGCAUCAGCCACUGAAAACUUUAAUCAGUCAACCUCUUAUAUUAAUAGAAACAACCAGAGCUGUGGAUCGUCUCACAAUGAUUAAGGCGUAUUCACCGUGUUCACACUGCAACAACAACAUAAAAAAAAAGUUUCCACAUGUUUAUGACUUACAUAGUAAACCAGAAACUUUGGAGCUAAAUGAGAUUUCUUUAGUGAGUUAAGGCCUUCACUUCUCUUUCAAACUUGCGUGUGGCCAGAAUAAAAUUUUUAGGUCUGACUGGGGUGAUUGAGAGCAUGUUGUACGAGCCAUCCGACAAAAACAGCAAGAACAGCAAUGUUAAGAGAGACAAGAUGAAUGAGGAGUAAGGGUGGAGGUGUGCUUUUUGUAAGAAAGAAGCACAAAAAGUUGCAUGACGGGUUUUUCUAUCACAUAAAUGGUCAACUAGUGAAUACGACCUAUAGGCAGACUUUCCAAGACGGGGUGGGGGCUGAGAUCUUACCCAGUAUCCCACCAUCAACCAGCUGGUAGCUGCUGUGUCAGAAUCAUGACACUGUGAAAAAGUCUUCUGGUGUUCCAUGCAAACAUUAUUAUGAAAUCCGCUCCAGGAAAAGACUCAAAAACAGAGUAUAAACUAUCUGUACCUGCAUUUGAGUAUUGAACUCCACUGAGCUGGUCACUUGGUUGAUUAAAGCAAAAGGUAUCUUUCCCAAGGUCAUUACAGAGAAGAAUUUCAAACAAUGCACACAAAAUGAAGAGGAACAGGUUCAUAACAUGACAGAUAUUACCAAGGAUGCAGGAGCAUCAGAUAACUAAUUAUUUCCAAUAAAGAUUAAAAUCAAAAUAUCACAUGGGAAAUAAUGACACAAUUUGAAGGAUGAUGAUGCCACACAAAUCAAAAGUUGAGCAAAGUUGAAGUUGGAAUGAUAUUAUUCUUGGGGGUCCUGCAUAUUCUGACGUCAUACAGACAACUGUCUGAUCCACUUAUAAUCCUGAAUUUUGAUGAUCAUUUAAAGUAUUUUAAUUUCUCAAAAGGAACUUAUGAGGAAAUGUGGAAGAUUUCAGCUCAUAUUAACAGUAGUCCUAAAUUUCUCCAGCUGCAGCAGAAGUACCAUUUCAGCUCUAGAGUCAGAACUAUGCCUCACUUUUCUCUCUUUACACAUGUGUAGAUUUUUAUUAUGAAAUCUUAAGAGCAGGUUUCUAAUUGGUUACGCAACAGUCUGAGAACAACUGUUGGCUUCGAAGUGGGCAUAAGUGGAACAUAUGGGUCAGAUAGUGCGAUGCUUUGAACGGGAACAUUUAGGGAGGAGAUGUUCCUUAAACCAAAAUAGAGUGGUCACCUUUCCUGUUUUAGUGCCUGAGCAGCAUAUUUUCUCACAAACUUUUACGAGCUGACCCUUUAAAACCAUAUCUAUAUCCCUCUGUAACACUACAGAGAAAACUUUUGAUGACGACUGCAUUGAGCCUAUUCCACUUUGAGUCUUUUCACUAACAGCUCUGCAGCAAGUUCUCUUCACCCAUGAGUCUGCUGUCCAUGAACCACAGUGUCUCCCUAGAAAACUCUAGUCCUGUGAACACUGAUGUCUCCUAGUGUCUGUCAUGACUAAGUUUCCUCUUUUUGCUGCUCCUGUAUAUCAUAAUGACAUUGUGCAGCCUGCCUCUCUUUGCGCCGCUGUUGAAGCUCUCUCAUUGGCCGCUUUCCUCAUAACUGACGUGUUUUUAUGAUGGUCAGUUAAAUAAGAAGUCUGGAAGUGCAGCUGAGCAACAGGAAAUGAGGAUUAAACGGUAACCUCACCCACAAUGUGUUAACAUGGACAAUUUUUCUUUAUUCCAAUCGGAUUCAACUCAUUUAAAUAUAUUGAUCAAGUGUUUACAUAACAAAACAAGGCCUCCACAGCGCUGCACUCUGGCUUGGAAAAGUGAAAAUAAAUAAACGUCUCCACUCUAGGGGGACACAAACACUUUUUCACAGCUUUGCUGCCUUUCAAAGACUUCUUGUGUUUAACCAGGAUGUGACUGAGACUUUAAAAUACUGUAGUCACAUGGGUGUUGGACAUGGUAAAAACUGAUGACUAGCCCUCCAAAUCUCACAUUUAAUAUGGUUUUUUAGGGCUGUUUUAGCUCUUCAAGGGGGUCAGUCUCAGAUCUGGAGACCAGGCCAGAUAACACAAAUAAAGUGGCGCCAUGUUAUUGUUUGCACCAUCUCAACUUAUAUGCAGUUUCUGUAACUAGCCUUGAUUAAGUUUUCUUUUUCUUCACUGUCUCGCACAAAGUAUUUGUCAGCAGAGAGGGAGAACAGGGAAGGAAGAAAAGAAAGACAAAGACGCACCUGGGAUUCAAACAUUUUCAAAAGAUUUAAGACAGACUUGAAAAUAAUGAUUAAAAGGUCGUCUAUACAAUAGUAGAGUGGUAGUCUGUGUUUUUAGACCUAGAACUAUUCAUAAACCACCGUUUAACCUCCAUCAGUUCAUUACUCUGCUCCUAAAGGAUGUCUUUGCUUCUGCACUUAGUGUGCUGAUGAGACUAAAGUACAUCCUGCAAGCUCUGUGACACUGUCAUGAUCCUCUUGUAUGAUGACCUCCUUCACAACACGGUUUGCCAGUGCUCCUGCGUGCAUCUUUGUGUGGGGAACUUUGUACAGGAGACAGUCAAUAGAGUGUGGACAAUUCAUCAAACGAAGCUGUGGCGAACUGUCCUGUCCAGUGCUGGCUCAGUAAGCGCUUGAGUGAAGUGAUCCCUUUUUGGGGGUAAAUGGCGACAGUGCAGAACUUGUAGAGCAUGUUUCACAGAGAAAAAAAGUCCAGGAAGGCUUGUCAGAGAACGAAUGACCACCAAAUGAAGCUGAUGAUUUAAACAGUGGACACAGGAUUUUCUUGAUCCAGUUUUUGGAUUGAGAAAGACCAAGGACAGCCCAGUUCUAAGGACUUAGUCCAGCAUCUGCAAAGCGACUCCCCAACCCCUCCACAAUGUUACUCUUUAUUUCUAGUAUCCAGCUGUGUUGGAUAUGAUGACCAGUAUAUCUGGCAUUGUGUGGAUAGGUUUAUGAUAUCUUUGACAGGUCAGUAUCUUUCUGCAGUGUACACUCCACCAGUGACAGAAGUACACUGCAUCUGUCUUCAUCCGUACGAUCAAAAGCACCAUGGUCUGCUUUAAACAAUAGCUGGAUUGAUGCAAAGAACUCAACAACAUCAAUGAUGGUUGGAGAAAAAUACUGCUUGGUGUUGAUGUGUCCUUCCUCGAUCUGCAUCCAUUCUGUGUCCCUCCAUGUUGCUUCACAGGUCAAAGUUCUUCUGAGGCUGAUUUUUUUACUAAAUCCUUUUUCAGUGUUCACCACAUGCUCCUAGUCUGUGUGUAGAUGAGGGUCCAACUCCAGCCUCAAAGAACACUCCAUCAGGAUAGCAGAUUCAGCAGAUAGCAGUGGCUCUAUCAUCGCGAUGUACGUGUGUGCGAUAGUCACAUCGCAGAGCCUGCGAUAUUGGAGGUGAAUGAACUCAUUUAAUUUCAAGGGUAACCGACUGAGAUACACUCCAUGUGACUCUGCAUGUGCUGUGCAGCGAUCCACCAAUCGCCUUCGUCCUUAACUCAGUUGCCAAUCAGACUCACUUCUCAGCUGCCAAUCAGACUACCCUGCCAGCUGUCAAUCAAAAUCAGGGAGGAGAAAACCCACCCCUGCACAUGUUCUGCACAUGGAGGGAGACGUGUGUCCGCUGAGAAUUACUUUCGGAACUUUACUCAUGACUAUUAAGCCCAACAAAUAAGAACUGUAUGGGUUUUAAAUUGUACAUUUCCGUGGACCACUCUACUAUAAGCAGUGCGCGUUUUGCGAGGUGCAUCCAAUUCUCGGAGGACAUGCGUUUCUCGGCACAACACCGCUAACAACAACAACGAUCGCUAACAAAAUGAACAACGAACAAGCGAAAACCACCGAAAAUGAAGAUUUGUUGCCAAAAAGAAAAGGAAAGUCAGUUAUCUGGAAUUAUUUCGGUUAAAAGAAGGAUGAUGUCGACCAAAACACGUCUUCUGUGUUCAUCUGUUUCCACAAUAACGUCCCAGCACAAUAAAAGCUAAAAAUAUCUCUGAGACAGACAGAAGCCGUUCUACUAACAUUCACAAAAAGAGGUAAGAUCAGAGCAGAUUAACUGUCCUCAAGAUUUCAGCAGUGCAGCAUAACAUUAAGUGCUAUUCAGGUCAUCUGGUGAAAAUACUGUAUUUUUAAUAUCGCAAUAUAUAUCGCAGGGUUGAAAAAAUCGCAAUAUUAUUUUUUUCCAAUAUCGUGCAGCCUUACUCUAUGAUAGAGUCAGUUGGUCUCCCAAUCCUGGAUUCGAUUUCAGGUUCUGCGGUCCACAUGUUGAGGUGUCCUUGAGCGAGACACUUAAGCGAGGUGGUGUGGGUGGGGUCAACUGAAUGUGCCUUAUGCCAUCAGUGUGUAGAUGUGGUGUGAAUGUGACAUCGAAUGUAAAAAGCACUUUGAGAGAAACCAUUUCCCAUCCUCACUUUACCAAUACUAGCAUAGACUGUGGGAGGGUGUUCAUCCAGAGCAGGCUCAGGUAGCUUCAUGGGUCAGCCUGGACCCCUGGUGCCCACCUGUGCUGGUGGGUUAGUGUGUAUUUUAGUGCUCUAGGUGAAGACUUCACUACUAAAAUGACCAGGAUGCCACACUAGCAGCAGGAGAUGAGCACAAGGACUUCUCUCUUGUAAAGUUGUAAAUAUUGUCAACACUUUUGAUGAAUACAACAUUAACAAUCUGUCACACACACAUUUAUUCAGUCAGUGCACCAUGAAAAGUUAUAAUUUCUAUGAUUCUCAAAUGACAGAAUAUCUAAUCAACAUGGUAUAGUAUGUAAAAACACUAACAGACUCUAAAUAAAUGAUUAUUUUUGUUUAUUUGGAUUGUGAUUGUCUGAGCUGUGUGUGGCCGCCAGAUAGAUGAAUGUGGAAAUCAAAACUGAUGAUACAUAAUUAUUUCUCAGUUGCCAAAAUGACUAAAUUCUUUCCUGCAGAUAGUUUUUAAAUAGUGAACAAAGACAGAAGGUUCUUUCUGCAUCUCCCUCCAUCAACUCUCUAAACUAAAUGCAGCAGCAGCAGAUGACUGUCCACCAUUAGUUUGGUUCUGCUCAAGGUUUCUGCCUGAGAAAGGUAGCUGCAAAGUGCUAUACUCAUGUAGAUGAAGAUGGUACUCAAUCUUACCAUCUUUAUAUUCCUCUAAAUAUCAUGAAAGGUGGGGUAGACAGGAUCUGAGGAAGUGACAGUUUUUGGGAGAAAUCUUGAAUGUAAACACUACCCCUCCAAACCAGUUUUCCCCUUAGAUCCUCCUCUCCCCUCCCUCUCUGCUCCAGCAAGCCCCGCCCACAAACAGACGCUCCUGCUCACACACAUCGUUUCAAUGAAAUUCAGAUAUAUUACGAAUGGGGUCCAGUCAAUGUGAAAGUAAAAAGCAUUGGUGCUACUGUAGAUGCCAACAGACUACCAGCAAACACAAUGUUUGCAGGACUUCUACAACUAGGAUAAAGUGACAUAGUCCAGGACCCGAGGUAAACAGUUUAGUGGCGCUACAACACGCUACAGAAGGUCCCGUUUGACAAGAAACACUUCUGUUACAGACACUUGGCUUACUUUGUUACAACCAUUGACCUGUCCAGCAGAAAGGUUACAGGGUCUGUAAGAUCCAGAAGCGUCGCCCAUUUAUGCUGAUGUUGACCCGGUUUCUUAGCUCUUGUCCGGUCUACCUCCAUUUUAAGCGCCUGUUAUUCUGCCAGAGUCUCCGGUAUUGGCUUCGUUUUAUUGCUUGUGUUUUCUGUGCUUCCUGGUUGGUUUCCUGUCUGAUAUUGUAGCACGCUAACUUGUUUGGGCUCGCGAACGUUAUUGGAGGACGUGGAGCGUGCCUCACAACACAAGGGAGCAGCAUCUGCCUCACAACCAAUCAGGUUGGGGGAGGCAGAGAAUGGCUUUGUUUACGAGCGCUCAAAAAAAUUGAAAAAUGUUGACUACACAAACAUAACGAAACAAAGCGAUAUCAUGAUAUUACUGAAUGUCAUCAAUAACUAAUCGCUGUUGACUGAUAUUAAAAGCUUUUUACAAAAAAAGAUGCUUCUUUAACAGAUUCCUGCCUACCCCACCUUUAAAAGUUUGGUCUAGAUCAGGUCGAUGUGUUCAGCGUCUUGAGAUAAGGAUGUGUUCUUUAACGAAGCUCCUUAGUGUCCUCAGAGGGCAAACCUUUUUCUCUUCUCUUCACUUCAGUAUUUCAGCCCUUUUGUGGCACUUUCAGGGUAAAAAUAAUUCUAUGUUGUUCGACCUGAACACCCGAACCAUUCUGGCUGAGUGCUGGUCAUGCACCUGUGGCAAGUGUCAGCUGCAGAGGAGAGUCCAAUUCUCCUGAACUGUUGAAUUUCAUUUUGACUUGAAUGUUUUUCUCAACAUGAGUGUAACAGAUUUAUUCUUCUGUUUGUGAAACCCUCCAGGUCCGUGCUAGUGCCAUAGCCCAGGAUGCAGACCAGAACUAUGACUAUGCCAGUAACAGUGCGGUGCUGCAUCUGGAGCCAGGAGAUGAGGUCUACAUUAAACUAGAUGGUGGCAAAGCUCAUGGAGGGAACAACAACAAGUACAGCACCUUCUCUGGAUUCAUCAUCUACGCUGAUUAGGCAGCAACACGCCUGUGCGCAGGCCCCGUAGCAGAGAAUGAGAUACUACGACUUCCUCUUUUAAAAAUCUGUGGAGAGUUAAAUAUAAAUAGGCCUUUAUUGAAUUUUUAACCUCUGCCAUCAUCACUGUAGGUGUGGUGAUUGCAGAGGGUCGAUGCACUGGAAUCUGGACACUAAUCAUGAAAGAGUUGAAAAACCUUCCUCUCAUAUGAUCAUUAUUUCACUGUAGAACUUGGAGCUUGUUGUUUUUGUUAAACCAGGCCAUUGAAGGACUGAUGCUGCUCCUGGUGGAUAGAAAUAGGGGAAGAUUGGACAUACUGGGGGGUCCAUAGGUAGCUUUAAAAGAGUCAAACAAAUCAGUUAUCCAAAAGUAAUUGAUUUGGUUUAAAAUUGUGUAAAAUUCACUAUAUUUAUGGUGGUGAUUGUUGAGAAAAUGAAAAAUCAGGGUGUGAUUCUUCUUUUUUUUCUUGUUUUGGUAUCAUGGUGUGCACACGAAGAUGAAAACUUGUACCCCUUAAAUGUAAUUGUGAUAAACAGAUCACAGAACAUACCUCCAUAUUCAUGUAAGCAACUUAAAAAAACAUUUAGACAUGUACAUUUUACAAAAAAUCUCUUUAUUUUUACAUAUAUUUUUUAAAAGAUAUAAAUCUAUUAAUCAAUCCACUGAUUGAAUGAUUAAUUGAUCCAUUAUUUCUGCAGAUACAGGGGGAUCUGAAGCUCUUUUAAGUCUAAAAAGGAUGUAAGUGGAAUGCUUUUUAAUAAAAUGUAAACAUGGUAGAAGAAUAUUUAUUGAAUCAUGUUGAGGGGGAAUAAAACAAGAUUAUUCUUCUGCAACAGUGAGACAUAAGAAGGCGUAUACAAUGAUGCAGGUCCAGGAUCAGUUUGAAAACUUAUUUUUUGAAGUUUCUGAUUGAAAAGCACAGCAACAAAUCUCUGAAGUUUCACUGCCUUUUUUUUUUACACUUCACCAAAUGACAGCGAUUUGAAGCAGAUUCCCAGUGCUGUGUUUCAAAAAAAUGAGACGGUCUGAUGGAGCAAAUAGAACUGCAGAGAGGAGGUCCCUCUUGAACCUCAGAGAGGCUAGGAGAUAUUAUUCAUGAAGAUUAAAACCACUAUCAGUGAAAACCUCAGAGGUAAACCAACACCCACGGGAGUUUAAGAGACACACGAUCUAGUCUUUCAAAAUAAGACCACAAUAUUUGGUGAACUAAGGUACCUGUGGCGUUUAAUGGUGAGUCUACUCUCAAACUGGCACCACCAACCAUGCUCCACUUGACUUGAUGCAAACUUUACAACAGCUCAAUAAUGUUAAUCAACUUAAUACACUUUACCGUCGUUUUUGGGAAUCCAGCAAAUGUGGCACAAUCAGUGAUGAGAAACCGCAUGUUCAUUUAUGGGGUGCUUUUUCCUUUCUUAAAGGGAUAUUCCGAAGUAAAAUUGAUUUAGGGUUAAACACACCAUAACAUAGAGUAGACACCCCCUCGAGAGAUGGAUGUUGCCAACUGCUUGCUUCUCUAGUUAUACCAACUUUAGUAACGACCGCA